AUGACUGGCGCCGGUGCCAGCCAGAAUCGUCGACCUCCGCGAUUGAACCAUAAAAAGAGCCGCGCAGGUUGCCAAAGAUGCAAAGCCCGCAGAGUCAAGUGUGAUGAAGCCAAACCAGCCUGUGGAGGAUGCAAUCGCCACAAUGUGCCUUGUGUUUAUGUGGUCAACGAAUCACCCAGGACAGGAAGCAACGAAGCCUCUCUAUCGCCGCACACGACCUUGCCGAUAGAUCAGCUCCAACCAAGUUUCAAAGUCGCCGUCAAUCAAGUGCCCACUCCGCCUACGAUCAACGACCCUGUUGCGACUGACGACUUGUUGGAUCUCCCGGAAACACGCCAACGUCGCCUACUGGAACUACGCCUCUGGCAUAACUAUGUGACAGUGAUAUCCGUUCCUUUCCAGCCUUCAUCGUCGACGGCAAUUCUGCCUCAAAUUUGGAAUAACCACAUGCCGCAGAUAGCUAUGCGACACGACAAUCUGCUGUAUAUCAUUUAUGCCCUUUCUGCUACGAGUUUGUUACGUAACGCUCCGGAAGACGCAGAAUUACUCACAGCGCAGAGAGUCUAUCUCAGCCUGGCCCUCCGCGAUCAGCAAAAAGCUCUUGCCCAGUUCCACACCCAGGCCGAAGAAGCAGACGCUCUGUGUUUUACAUCUAUACUGAUGACUAUGAACGCUUUCGGCUCGCUUCAGGAACGAGUUAGACACCCUUACCACCCACCGACAGAUAUGCUGCGCUUAGGCAUAGGGGCAUGUGCGGUCUACGAAGAAGCUCUCAAGAGUGCUCGCAAAUUUCCAUCGUCGAAGAUUGUGACAUUUAUCGAGAAUCAGCCUUUUUUCUGCAGCAUACCAAGGAUGUUUGAUGAAGAACACCGUGGUCCUUUCGUUGGCAUCCUAGGACCGAAGAACGCCCACGGCGUCUACGAGGAUUCCGAACUCUGGAAUACCGAUGUCAGGCAAGCUUACGAAUACACUCUGAGCUACAUUGGCACCAUGUACACAGCCGUCCUCAACGAGGAGAAUUUGCAUCAAAUAUGCACGCGUAUUGCCGCUUUCGCAUUAUUCGUACCCAAGAAGUUCGUGGAUAUGGUUGAAGAGUUGCGUCCAAGAGCUUUGGUUGUCCUCGCACAUUUCUUCGCUCUGGCUACAAAAGGGAGCGCGCAUUGGUGGGUCGGCCAAACACCCAUGAGAGAAGUCCAGGGGUUGAGAAGGAUUGUGCCACUCGAGUGGCAGCGACAUAUGCGAUGGCCACUUGUAAUGUCUGGACUGGAGCCUGUCUGA